AGAAUAGGAAAAAAAAAGAAACUCUUAGGUAAAUAACCAUAAUUGAUUCAAUUAGGAAAACUUCAAACAACAUCUUCUCGGGGAAAACAUUGAUCUCUGGCAUAGGAUUCAAAUAAUUAACCAGCGAUGAGAUCGGUGAAAGUGAGUAACAUCUCUUCAGGUGCAACCGAGCAAGAUUUGAGGGAAUUUCUUACCUUUCCUGGAAAAAUUGAACAUGUUGAAAUGCAAAGUGACAAGGGAAGUUCCAAAGUUGCGUAUGUCACCUUCAGUACUCCAGAGGGAGCAGAAACUGCAGUUCUUCUCUCGGGAGCAGUUGUGUGUGGACAGUCUCUGAACAUUGAAUUGGCUAACGAUUAUCCUCUGCCUUCAUCGACUGAAUCUCCAAUUGGUAACGCUGAAAGUGGGGAAUCUGGUAUGAGAAAGGCAGAGGAUGUUGUAAGCACCAUGUUAGCCAAGGGCUUCAUUUUGGGUAAAGAUGCAUUGUAUCGAGCAAAAUCCUUUGAUGAAAGGCACCGACUUACUUCCACGGCUUCAGCAAAAGUUGCUUCUUUGGACCAGAAGGUGGGAUUUACUGAAAAGAUCAGUGCUGGUACAGUUAUAGUGAAUGACAAGGUGAAAGAAAUGGAUGAGAAAUUUCAAGUCUCAGAGAAGACUAAAACUGCAAUUUCAGCAGCUGAGCAGUCGGUGUCCAGUGCUGGAUCUGCUAUAAUGAAGAAUCGGUAUGUGUUGACUGGGGCUACAUGGGUCACAGGUGCUUACAACAGGGUUGCAAAGAAAGCAGAGGAAGUGGGACAGAAAACUAAGGAGAAGGUUUUGGCGCAGAAUAAUCAAGGAACCACCAUGUCGGAGGAACCCACCACACCUGAUCAAACCUCUAAACAGGCAACCACAGUCAAUGAACCCUCAAAACCUGAACCUCAACAGGCCACCACAGUUGAUCAACCCUCAAAAUCUGAAACUCAGCAGGUCACCACAGUUAAUGAACCCUCCAAACCUGAACCUCAAGUGGUCACCACAGUUAACGAACCCUCCAAACCUGAAGCUCAACAGGCAACCAAGGAUGGUCAAUCUGCCAGUCCAGCAAAAUCUACUGCCUGAUCCUAUGAUUUGCAAAUGAAUAUGCGUGAAAUUUGGGUCAUAUAUAUGAGCUUAUUAGAGUAUUUUUGGGAUGUUGGAUGGUAAAUGUCCAAUAACCAACUGGGUUGUAGAAAUAAAAUAAAUCUGGAGAUCCUCAGUGUAGUAAUUCUUUUCUGAGACUUCAUGCAGUCAAAUAUAUACCCUAUUUACUUCGUCCUGAGGAAAUACGGUUGCGUCCAUGUAUCUUGUUUAUUACGCUAGUUACUAAUAGACUAAUAGUUGCAUGUAUCUCCCAUGAGA